ACAGGGAUGAGCUUUGACAAGUACAUGUGGAGAUUCCAAUUUUAAACAGGGUGCUUGUUCCAGGAACUUCUCGGUGAGGGGGUGACGUUUGAAUACAACCCUGAAGGAGAGGAAGGAGCGAUCCAUGCGGCUCUCUAGAGGAAGAGAUGUCCUGGCAGUGGGCAAAGAAGAGCACCUUCUGGCCCCACAGAAGCAACCAACAUGCCAGUCUUCAAAUGCCCCCCAAAGUCGGAGCCCCUAUGGAAGGGGUGGGACCAGAAGGCCCAGAAGAACGGACUGAGACACCAAGUGUAUGCUGUGAAUGGUGAUCACUACGUGGGCGAGUGGAAGGACAACACAAAACAUGGGAAGGGAACACAGGUCUGGAAGAAGAAUGGAGCCAUCUAUGAAGGGGACUGGAAGUUUGGGAAGCGAGAUGGCUAUGGCACCCUCAGCCUUCCUGAAAAAGGAAGUAGAAAGUACCAGAGAGUCUACUCCGGCUGGUGGAAAGAGGAUAAGAAAUCUGGCUAUGGGGUCCAGUUUUUCGGACCCAAGGAGUUUUACGAGGGCGAGUGGUGUAGCAACCAGCGCUGCGGGUGGGGCCGAAUGUACUACAGCAACGGAGACAUCUAUGAGGGCCAGUGGUGGAAGGACAAGCCGGACGGGGAGGGCAUGCUGCGCCUGAAGAAUGGGAACCGCUAUGAGGGUUUCUGGGAGAGAGGCAUGAAGAAUGGACAAGGGCGUUUCUUCUACCUGGACCAUGGUCAGCUGUUUGAAGGUUUCUGGGUGGACGAUGUGGCCAAGUGUGGCACCAUGAUCGACUUUGGCCGUGAUGAAGUCCCUGAGCCAACUCGGUUCCCUAUUCCUGAGGUCAAACUUCUAGACCCUGAUGGUGUGCUGAAGGAAGCCUUGGCCAUGUUCCAGAAGACAGAAAAAGAAGGAGAUUGAUGCCAGAGAGAGUGUCAAGGCUCAGGAGAAACUCAAGCCAUGUCACCCAACUGCUCAGACUGGUGCGGCUCCUGCUGGAGGAGCAAGCAGCGACUCUGGGCAUGCCCUUGGCACCCUCAGAGGGCACUCCUCCCAGCAUUAGGUCAUUCUUUGCUGAUGGGGGGACCAGCUGACUUUUGGGACUUUCAUUCAGUCUUUCAUCCUAUGACCUCAUCUUUGAGUGCAUGAGAAUAAAGAACCUGGUGGCCUUAGCCCAGGGUCUGUGGUAUGAGGAAGGGGUGGGAAAGCUCAGAAAGAUGUCAGACGGAGGAGGGCAAGACUGCCUCAUCGUUGCAUGAAUUUCUGGGUGGAGAAAAUCACAGGAUUCCUGGUCUCUGACCUCUCAGACAGUCCAGAGAGGAGGAUGAACCUGCAUUCUACCACACUGGCCACCAAGAUUUGGUAUUAAAGCCUGACCCACCUUCUCAAUGUCACACAGAAGCUCUCAAUCUUGGAAUCCACGGAAACGUUAAAAGCUAUGGACAGCCUGGUGCAGUGGCACACACCUAUAAUACAGCAACUUGGGAGGCUGAGGCAGGAGGAUCUCAAGUUUGAGGCCAGCCUCAGCAACUUAACAAGACCCUCAAAAAAAAAAAAAAAAAAAAAGGACUGGGAGUGUAGCUCAGUGGUGAAGCACCCUGGGUUCCCUUCCCAGUACCUAAAUAAAUUAUCUAAUAAAUAAAAGCUGUGGAUGCCCAGGUCCCAUUGCCAGGGAGUCCCAUCUAGGAUGAGGCCUAGGCAUUCAAAGAGUUCCCCAAGGUUUUCUGAUGUGGAGCUGAAGACAAGAACCCCUGAUCUUCUGGCCAUGGAUCCCUAAGCUAGUGGCCUUAGUUUUGCUCUAUCUGUAAAAUCAAAUUUAGAAACUUCACAGGAGUGUUUGGAGGCCUUGAUGCAAUAGCAUGUAUUGAGGUUAACUGUGGACCAUGUGCCCGGGAAGAGUUCUGCAGAAUUCUAAGGUAGGCAGCAUUCCUGAGCGAUAAAAGGGACUCUUGCUUAAUGCACCCUAGAGCUAGCCUGCCUGGGCGUGAAUUGUGUCUUCUUGGGAGUGUCACCCAAACUCUGUUUUCUGGGCUUCCUCACCUGUAACCUGGGUCAGAACAAGACUUAGCUGCCAGGGUUACUGUGGUUCGUUACUACAAGGAUGGAACCAAGCAGUGGUUUUAAGAUCAGGUGAGAUUUUUUUUAUCCCCAGCACCUCAGACAUUUGAUAAUGUCUGGAGACAUUUCGAGCUGUCAUGAUUAGUGAAGCAUGCUACUGGGGUCUGGCGGGUAGAGACUAGGGAUGCUGCUCAGUACGCUACAAUGUAAGAAUGCUACCGGAGAGCUGUUCAUCCCAGGUCAACAGUGUCGAGGUGGAGAAGCACUGAAAUCCAGUGAUGCUUGUAAAGCCCUCAGGAUGUGCUAGGUAUAUAGUAAAAAGCUCAGUAAAGAUGCUCCCUGCCCCCUGCAUCCUAAGUGGCUUGACCCAGGGUGUGGUUCUGUCUGUAAUGGACAUCAGAAUCAAGGCUGGCCAUCACAGGAUAUAGAAUCAACUACCAGAUACAGAGUGUUUAUCCUAUGCCCAGGCCUGUGUCAACAACUUCCUAUGCCUACUCUCCAAGUGACUUUACCCAGACUUGUGAGUUGUCCUGCUAUUAUUAAUUCCAUUUUAGAGGAGGAAACUGAGGGAGGUUCAUAUGUCAUCAAGCUAGUACUGUGCCUAAACUUUAAUCUAUCUGCUUUCAAGGCAUGGGAGAGUAUGUAUAGAAGGUUACCAUUUUGUUUUAGAAAAAGCUGGAGGAGGGAAGGUGUGUUUAUGUAUAAAAUAGUGCUAGGCAGGAGCCAAAACUGGCAAUAAUGGUCAUCUCUGGGGAGAACAGAGGAUCUGGGAACAGGGGUGAGAGCAACUUUUCACUGUUAUAUUUGGAACCCUGUGAAUGUAUUAUCUGCUGUAUUCAAAAUAUAAAUAAAAUUGUAACUAAAGGA